GCCUGCGUGGGGCGGCUGCUCGGAGCUGCCCGGAGCUGCUCGGAGCUGCUCGGAGCUGCCCGGAGCUGCCCGGGCGGAGCGGCCCCCGCGUGUCCCCGGGGAGUCCGAGCCUGCCUCUACCCGUGGGGGGGCGUCACUGGGCGUGGGGGCUCCGGCCGCACCGCCGCCAGCCCGGGAGCAUCCGUCCCGGCAGCCGAGGAGGGGCUGGGCGCGGCGGAGGGCUGAGCCCGGCCCGAGCUCCGGGCCCUCGCUGGCUUUUAAGAAGAUCUUCUGAUUUCUUUUUUUUUUUUUUUUUUUGGCGUUUUUCUGAACCUGUCUCCGGGCUCUUGUGGCAGCCCAGCGAGGUGGGGCUUGUUUCCUCUACAGGAGUUUGUGGAGCUCCGUAUUCUUUCAUUGAGAUCUCUUUCCCGUUCAAUCGCAAAGGGAAUCUUCGCGUUUCUGUGCGUACGUUUUUCGUACCUUGCACAAAACCCCCUUUUUGGGCAGCGUCCAUCGACGGGAGAGCUUUGCAGGAAGCAGCCAGGAGCAGUGACCAGUCCCCCUCACUAUGUGGACAUUUCUGGGUAUUGCCUCCUUCAUCUACGUGUAUAAAAAGUGUGGAGACCUCAUGACUUACGCUAAUAAGGAGGUGCUGCUCUCCAUGCUGGUGUUUUUCUCCCUCGGCUUGUUGCUGUCGUACAGGUACCACUUCAAGGGGCCCAAGCAGCAGCAGCAGCAAAAGACCCAUCGGGGGUUGCUCUCAGAUGUUCUCUCAGCUUUACCACUUGUUGGCUUCUUCUGGGCCAAACCCACCCCAGGAUCUCAACAAGUUGAAAAACCCAAAUCCAGAAAGGGUAAAAGAGAAGUAAACUCCUCAGAGGUACAUCUGACAGAGACAGCUCCAAAUGCUACGUUAUCGCUUCAACAUGAUCCAGAGAUCAUAAUUGUGGGAUCAGGUGUCCUUGGUUCUUCCUUGGCCACAGUCCUCUCGAGGGAUGGAAGAAAGGUGACUGUGAUAGAGAGGGAUCUGAAAGAACCUGACAGGAUAGUUGGAGAACUGUUGCAACCUGGAGGUUUCAAAGCACUUAAAGACUUGGGUCUUGAAGAUACAGUAGAAGGUAUAGAUUCACAAAUAGUAAAUGGUUACAUAAUUCAUGACAUAGAGAGCAAAUCAGAGGUUGAAAUUCCUUAUCCAACAUCUGGGGAUGGCCACGUGGCAAGUGGAAGAUCUUUUCAUCAUGGCCAGUUCAUCAUGGGUCUCCGAAGGGCAGCGAUGGCAGAACCCAAUGCAAAAUUCAUUGAGGGGACUGUGUUAGAAUUGCUCGAGGAAGAUGACUGUGUCAUGGGUGUUCGGUACAAGGACAAAGAAACUGGAGACACUAAGGAACUUCAUGCACCUCUUACUGUUGUAGCUGAUGGACUCUUCUCCAAGUUCAGAAAAAACUUGGUCUCCAACAAAGUUGUUGUUUCAUCCCAUUUUGUUGGUUGCAUUUUGAAGGAUGCACCACAGUUUAAAGCUAAUCACGCUGAACUUGUUUUAGCUAAAACCAGUCCAGUGCUAGUCUAUCAGAUUUCUUCAACUGAGACUCGGGUCCUUGUUGAUAUUCGAGGGAAAAUGCCAAAAAAUUUAAAAGAAUACAUGAUUGAGAACAUUCAUCCACAACUACCUGAUCACUUAAAGGAACCGUUCCUAGUAGCAGUUCUGAACGAUCGGUUAAGGACUAUGCCAGCCAGCUUCUUGCCUCCUUCAGCUGUUAACAAAAAAGGUGUUCUUCUUUUAGGGGAUGCCUAUAAUAUAAGACACCCUCUAACUGGUGGAGGAAUGAGUGUUGUUUUAAACGAUGUUAAAAUAUGGCGAAGUUUACUCCAGGAUAUUCCAGACCUUUAUGAAGAUUCUGAUGUUCUUAAGGCAAAAAUAACUUUUUACUGGUCAAGGAAAAAAUCACAUUCUUUUGUAGUGAAUGUUCUUGCCCAGGCACUUUAUGAGCUGUUUGCUGCUACAGAUGAUUCCUUGCAUCAGCUAAAGAAAGCCUGUUUCCAUUACUUCAGACUUGGUGGAGAAUGUGUCUCUGGUCCUGUUGGAUUGCUCUCAGUGUUAUCUCCUAAACCAAUGGUACUGAUUGGCCACUUCUUUGCUGUGGCAUUAUAUGCUGUUUACUUUUGCUUUAAGUCAGAGUCCUGGAUCACCAUGCCUCGAGCAUUUUUCAGCAGUGGAGCUGUUCUUUACCGGAGUUGUUCUAUAAUAUUUCCACUUAUUUACUCUGAAAUGAAGUAUUUAGUCUAUUAAAAUCCAGGGGGGAAAAGUUUGGAGGAAGAAAACAUGAAUAUCACAAUGCCUUCAAAAUCUGUGGACAUGUACUAUUUAAUAUUGUGUUAUGUUUUCUGCUCUUCAAAAUACAAUUUCCUUGCUAAGGAUUUGACUUAAUUUUGGUUUUGUGGUUAUAUACAUAUAUAUAAUAUGUAAAUAUUCUUUUCUUUGCAAUUAAAGUUAAAAAAGGAGUUAGCUGUUUACAAGGACCUUAAUUAAGUGUUGAUAUGUGAUAGGUAGUUGCCAGUUUUGACACUUUCAUUUCUUGCUUUAUCCAUUGCUGAGUGCACCACUAAUAUUAAUAAACUGAGAAAUGAAAACUGUAAACUAUAUAUGCUGCUAUCAUCUGUCAUGCUUUUUUUCUGUUCUGUAGUUCCAUAGGCUGUUUCUUUACUAUUGUGAAACAUUGAAACAUACUUGAUUUAUUUCUGUAGGGUUUGCCUCUUUCCGUUGCAGCUAAGUGUCUGCUGACACUUAAAAGGACACUGUAAAGGAUUUCAGAUCUUGAAGUGUCACUGUUGCCAGUGCCACAUUGCUCUUCUGGAAUAAUUCUUUACACAAUUAAUUUGAAGAAUAAUCAAAUCACAAUUAUGUUGACUACUGCAUCGUACUCAGGUACUGAAAGCACAUGCUUUUUAAACUUUCUUCCUAUCUCACUUCCUUUUGAAAACUUAGGAGUUUUGGUUUGGUGUAAUUGUGUGUGUGCAAAUGAAGUUUUAACACUGCCAUGAACUGAAGCACAGCAACAAACCACAUCUACUGAAACAAAUUGAGUCCAGGCUAUUUCCAGUAUACAGUAAAUUAAUCUUUAAAAGUAAUAUUUAAUGCUACUUCUUAAAAUUCCUGGCAAGUACCAUGAAAGUGUCCUUUCAAUACCUGAAGCAUGAUUUUUUUUUUUUCCUGUAGAAAUUUCUGCACGCUACUGAGGGGUUUGUGUCUUUUACUGUUGGUCACUCUUCCUCUCAAUGUUCUCUUUGUCCAUGUGCUUUCCUUUGGUCUUGUCAAGUUUCAUUUUUUCCCCUUUCUUACGGUUGCUUUGCAUUUGGCUGUAUGGCUUUCGUGCUUUGGUUUGCUGAAACAAUCACACAUCAGUGCAGCCAGCAGCUUGGGGAUCAGCCACAGGUUAAAUUUUUCUGUCCUGGUGAAACUUUGUCUGUAUCUUUUGAAAAUGACAGGUUGCAUAAGCUGUACAUAAACAGACAUUUGAUGUUGGACCGUGAAAAAAAAAUCUGUGGAGAUGCUUUUUUAGUGUUUUAGUUGGCUGAUAUUUCAAAUGACCUGUUCUUUUCCAGAAGCAAAAGUAUGUAUAUUUUUCUAAUCAUGUCACUUUUGAUACCUUCUUAAAAUUACAUGCAUCAUUACUAUGUUUGUGUUUAAACUUUAGGGUAAAGUAAUAAUAUUUUCAAGUAACAUUAUACAUGGUAACUAAAUUAUGUCCCUUUAAGAGUAUAUAAACUUUACAGAAUUUAUACAAGUGUUUUCAAAAUUUGUGAUAAUUUUGAAAAUAUUGAUUAAUUUUACAUUUUCUAUUUUUUAUAUUAUUUUCAGUCUCUUUAAAGGAUAAACAGUCCUGAGCCAAAUAUGCACCCUCAGCUAACUUAAAUAAAAAGUUGUGAUAUCUGUAA